UAAUUCGCAGUCUGUUCAGGUUGUAUGCUGUUUGCUGCUUAUCAGUAUCUAAGGGUUGGCCAUGAAGCCUUUUAGUUUGAAUUAAGUGAGAACGGUCUUUAAUUUUAUUUAACUUUCUACGGAACUAAACAUGCGUCAAAAUCCGUUCCUAAGUGGUAAAGGGUUACAUAUGUACCACCACUUCAUCUGUUGAGUUGUUCUAAUGGCGUGUUGCACCUUUCUGAGAUGUGAUCAGGUGAUAUGGUAAGGUGUGAAACUUGAUUGUUUAGACCAUUGGUUGUCGGGAUAUUGAAUCGGAUGGAUGUGUAGUUCACCUAAUAAGCUGUCCGUGCAUUGUGAUAAGGACAGGAACUCUAAAUGGGCUACGAUACACGAUUGCCAACCGCUGAAGGUCACAUAUACCAGACUGAAGUAUGGAUCGUCAUCCAUGUGUAUACAAAGAUAAGUGAUAUCAUUUUUAAAGGUCAAAUAUGACGUAAGACAGAUAUGCUGAAAGAGGUAAUUGUGAUGCGAGAUUGUCGUUGACUUUCUUUGAUAAGCAUUACUGCUGUUGGCUUGCAGACAGACAACACUGCCCUUUCGACUUGAUUUAUAGAGCUAGGACGUUUUAACAUUGUUGGCGCUCAAACUCGGGCAAGGCUCCUCAGUUUACAGCGCGCGCCACACUGUUUUUGCCCGCAAGCGUUAACACGCUGACGUGGGUCGAUGGUGCGAGAGCGAGUCCGAGUCGGCGUUAACAGUGUUAACACGCCUAAGCUCUGAAAAUCAAGUCUAAUUGAUGGCGUUUUCGUUCUGUUUUCUAACAGCAAUACUGUUUUACCAAAGGCAGUAUGUAAGGUCUUGCAUCAUUUAAUCCCUUUUUUUCAUGGCAGCAGUAUAACGUUAACUCUAAUCUUUUGUUGCAAAUGGACGUAUCCUAUUUUUUUUAUAUAUGCUAAUACGUGUUUAUUUAAUUUAUCUGUUUUCUUCUUUUAUUAGUUACUCAUGUAUGGUUUUGUUUAGCUGUACACUUGACUUAAUCUUGUCAUCGCCAGAAACAUGUAAAUAAUGUUAACACGUAAAGACCACACAUAAUGUUGGAAGAACUUUAAAUCCUACUCUUUUUUCAGGUGAGUGGGUUCGAUAUGAAGCUGUGAUAUGUAUAUAUGUCUUUUAUACAUCAUUUAAUGGGCAUAUUGACAGCAAAUGCAGUAUCAUGUUUUCAAAUGAUCUUUUAGUUGGCAUUUAUUUAAAUAAUUGAUUAAAUCAUUUAUCUCGUUUUAUAUUUAUGAGAAAAUAUAUUUACUUUCAUAAAAGUUAAACUUCGUUCACUUUGACACUUUUUGGGGGUGGGAAAUAUAUUGUUGGUAUUGUUCACGUAUUUAAGUAGAGAAAGUACAGUAAUGGUUUUGAGCGUAAAAUGCACGCGUUUCUGGUUUUUGCAUUUAUAUCAGGUGUAAAUACAUUGAUAUGCUUUUCAAUGUGUGUAUUCGGUGGGGUAAUUUAUGGAGAAUGAGAAAACAGCGCAAAUUGUUAAUUUUCAAUAAAGUAUUGUUAAAUUUUCUUUUAGGUCAGUUUCCAGUUCGUGUCAAAUGGGACCCUAACACGAUCCGGUUCCACUGCUGGAGAAAUAUGGCGCAACGUUUACGGAUGCCAUGAAGAUUCCUCAAUUUAGACGUUCCGUGGAGGCUGAACAUCGUUGCAUAUUAAAGAAGUUGUAGCGACUGAAUAUUUUUUUAAAUAUUUAUGUGUAAGAAAUCCCGAUAAAUAAAAACACACAUGCCUUAUUUGUCCAUGUAUAAUUACUAUUUAUUAGAUAAUACAUUUUGUUAAAUUAACAAGGAAAAUAAUGAUUUGCAAGAUGAUGAUAAUGGCGAUAGUGGUUGUGGAAAUGGUGAUGGUGCUUUUGAUUGUGGUAGUGGUGGUGAUGGUUGUGUUGGUGAUGGUGAUGAUGGCGGUUAUGAUGGUGAUGAAUGUGAUUGUGGUGAUGAUGAUGGUGUUGAUGGUGGUGGAGAUGGUUGUGGUAAAAGUUGUGACGGCGGUGGUGAUGGUGGUAAUGGUGAUGGUAGUGGUGAUCGUGAUGGUGGUGAUGGUAGUGAUGAUGGGGAAGAUGGUGAUGGCGGUGGUGAUGAUGAUUGGUGAUCGUUACGGUGGUGGUGAUAGUAGUGAUGGUUAAAGUGAUCGGGGUUGUGAUAAUGAUGGUAAUGGUUAUGAUGGUGGUGAAGGGGGCGAUGGUGGUGGUGAUGGUGAUGGAAACGGUGAGUGGUCAUAGUUGUGGUUGGUGGUAAUGUUGGUGUUGGUGGUGGUGCUUAUGAUGGUGGUGGUGAUGGUGGAAAUGGUAAUGGUGUUGAUGGUGGAGGUUAUUUGUCAUAUUUUUGCUGAUUGUUGGGGUGGCUCUGGUGGUGUUGAUGAUGGUGGUGAUAGAAUUGGGAGUUGAGAUGGUGGUUGUGAUGGUGGUGCUGAUGAUUGGAAUGGUGGUGGUGUGGCGAUAACGACGAUAGUGGUAAUGGAAAUGAUGGUUGUUAUGGUGGUGUUGGUUGUAAUUGUGAAGGUGAUGGUGGUGUUGGCGGUGAUGGUGAUGGAAAUGGCUGUGACGGUGGUGAUGGUGGUGGGCAUGGUGAUGAAAUUGAUGGUGGUGUUGGUGAUUGUGAAUGUGGAGGUUGUGGUGGGGGUGAUGGAGCUUUUUGUGAUGGUGAUGGUGGUGUUGAAGGUGGUGGUGGGGGAUACGCUGGUGAUGGUCAUUGAAGUGGUGGUAUUGGUGAUGGUGGUGAUGGUUAUGGAAGUUGGGUUGGUAGUGAUUGUGGUGACAAUUGUGAUGGUGUUGGUGGAAGUGGUGCUUGUGGUGGUGGUGCUUGUGGUGAUGGUGCUUUUGAUUUUAGUGGUGGUGUUCAUGGCGAUGAUGAUGGUGGUGUUGAGAAUGGUGGAGGUGAUGGUGUUAUUGAUUAUGUUGAUGAUGGUUGGGUGGUGGUAAUGUAUGUGAUUGAAGUCGUGGAGGUGGUAAUGGUGGUGUUGGUUGUGAUGAUGAUGUUGAUGAAAAUUAUGGUGGUGAUGGUGGUGGUCAUGGUGAUAGUGGUGGUGAUGAUGGUCAUGGUGAUAGUGGUGGUGAUGGUGGCAGUGAAAGUGAGUUUGCUAAUGGUGGUGAUGAUGGUUAUGGUGAUGGUCGUAUAGAUGACGGUGUUGGUGGUAUUGAAGGAGAAGGUGCUUAUGGUGGUAUUUAUAGUUGUAGUGAUGUUUUUAGGUUACUUUCUGUCCGCCAAACGGUAAUUUUCGCCGUCCAAUCGGUUCCGAAUAUGCUUAUGAGGGAGGGGUUAUCCGGCGACUAUUAUUUUUGUUUGACGUUGGUCAAUAAAGUCAGCGUUUACAGCAGAUUGUUUAACAAAUAAUUACAGUGUAACCAUUUACGUAAUAUAAAACGGUAAUUAAUACAGUACAUUACAGACAAUGUCGGGCAUUAUCCUCACACAUUUAACUGUAGUUACUUAUGAACAGUUAAAAGCAUAUGGUGAAUAAUUGAAUCCUUAUGGCGAGUAAGUUGUAAAAACAACAACCUUUUAAGAAUCUACGCGGUAGCAAUUUAAUUUCAGUACAUGUAUAUUUCGAUUUUCUACAGCCAUGUGUUAAUAUUUUCUGAAUAAACUCCCUACGUACGCAUCUAAAAAACGUGCCUUUAUAAGAGUGCGACAUUGUUACCAUCGUCUGUGCAUUUCCACGCAUGAAAAGCGUGCGUUUUGCAACAACCAGGUGCUAUAACUAAAUAUAGACGUGCAAUUCAGUACAUGUAGUAUUUUAUUAACAAAAAUGUAAACAGGAAUAAAUGCACACGAUAAGAAAGCAUUGACCCAUUUAAACUAUAGAAAAAAAAUAUGUGAAUUUACGACUUAAACAUUCCAGUAGAUGAUAUGUUCAUACAAAUAUUUUUGACGGGUGGGAGAUUA